AUGGCGGAAACACCUCCAGACACUCAGUAUCCCUUGCUCAUCUUCAUCGUCGGGCCCCCCGGCUCCCUCGCGCACGAGAUGGGCCAGCGGCUGGCGUACGAGUACGGGUUCUUCUUCGUCGGAGUCACAGAACGGGUGGAACGGACGAUAGACGACAGCGCCGAGGCGGAGACGCUCAGCCAAGUCGUCCACAACGACGCUCGCCACGCUCGCCUGCCCUUCGUCCUGGCCCCGGACCUCGCCCAUCGCAUGGCCACCUUCCUUCAACGUACCGAACACCUCAAACGCCGUGCCUGCCUCGUUAUCGAGGGGUUUCCACGUAAUAUAGACCAGGUCCCACGCUUCUGUAAGGCUGCCCAGCGCCUGUUCCUGGUCUGCCGUCGUCCCAGACGAGUCGCCCAGCUGCGCGUCGUCGGCAGGCCGCAGGACUGGGACGACACGGCCCCCGCGACGGGAGCGGAGCGUGACGCCAGCGGCUGGAGCCGGACAGCCGUGGGCCGUGCGUACCACGCGGCCGAGGGCGCCUUCGCUGCGUCCUGCGCCGACUUCAACCACCAUAUCCACCCGCUCCUGGAGCAUUUCGGUACCUCCGCCACCGACGACCAGGGGUCCGCCACCGACCACCGGCGCGACCUCUUCCGUCCGUCGCUCUCCGCCGGCCUCGUCCCGGGGAAGGUCAUCGUGCUGGACACCGGCUGCGGCGACGAGGACGAGUGCUGGGCCCGCGCCAACGACACGCUGCAGAGCAGCCUCGAAUUCCACACCUUGCUCGCCGAGGUCGAGGCGGAUUUUGAAACCAUGGCCAACGAUGACGACGACGACAACAAGGAUGACGGUGAGGGCUGUGAUGGCGGUGAUGAGAGGGCGGGUAAGGGGAAGGAGCGUGCUACGCAGACUUGA